AUGAAUGAUGAUGAAGGAUUUAUUUCUGAAGAAUCAGAUUAAAAUAAUUAUUAAUUAAAACUACCCAAAGAAAUCUUCAUUGAUACUUCUAUCAAUAUUCAAUUACCCAUACAUAAUAUUUAACAUAAAUGUGUCUAUUUAAAACAUAAACAAACAUCAUCAUAUAAUUUCAAAUAUCAUUUUAAUGGAUUACUAUUAGAUGAUUAUAAUAAACUAAUCAAAUCUCAACCAAUUAUAAACAAUGGAAUGUUUAAUUCAGAUUUUGAAUCAGCUAAUCUAUAUGCAGCAUAUCAAAUCAAAAAUAAUGAAUUUAAUUUAAUUUUAUAAGAUGAUACAAAUACUGUUGGCUAUUCAUAAUGGUUUUAUUUUGAAGUCAAUAAUUUAUAAGGUCAAAUCCUCACUCUUCAUAUAAUUAAUUUAGUAAUCAUCCUUAAUCUUAUUUAGGUUAAAGAAUAUAAAUUACUAAAACAAGGUCUUUCAGUAAUGAUUAAAGUUGGCUCUGAAUGGGAACCCCUUCAAACUCAUGUUAAAAUCAAAACUUCCCAAUUUUAUAAAUUAAAAGUACUUAAUCAUUUUUUUUUGUUAGUACCCUACUUAAAUGUGUUAAUUAUAUUAAUUAACUAUUAUCAUUCCAUCUAAACAUAAAUAAUUCAAAUUAUCUCUUAAUAAUCCUUAUACUAAUUCAGAUCUUUAGGCUUUUCUUAAAAAUGAUUAUUAAAUCCUUACUACUUCACUCUCUGGUCUUAAAAUACCCAUACUCAAAUUUGGCUCACCAAAUAAUGAUGUUAUUCUUGUAAUAGCUCGUUAACAUCCUGGUGAAACUGUAUCAUCUUUUGUUUGUUAAGGCUUUUUAAGUGCUCUUUAAAAAGAUAAUUUACUUACUAACUUAUUUCACUUUAUUGUCAUCCCACUUUUUAAUCCUGAUGGUGUACAAUAUGGCAAUUUUAGAUGUGAUUUAAGUGGUAAAGAUUUAAAUAGAUCAUGGCAUAAACCUAAUCCAUAAUUACAUUUUCAAAUUAUUGAAACCAAAAAUCUCCUUAAAAAUAUUAUUUAAACUAGAAAUAUAGUUUGCUUUAUUGAUUUGCAUGGACAUUCAAAAAAGUAUUUAUUUUAUUUACACUAGAUUAAACUCUUUUAUGUAUGCUUGUAGAGGAGAUUAAGAUGCUGUCUAAUGUAGGAUUCUACCUUCAAUAUUUUCAUAUAAUAGUAAAUUCUUUGAUUUUCAUUCUUGUACAUUCUCUCUAGAACCAUGUAAAAUGAAAACUGCUAGAGCCUUUGUAUAUAAAUUAGUUAAAAAAUAUUAUCCAAAUGAAGUUCAUGAUAUAUUUACACUAGAAACUAGUUUCUUUGGAUAUAAUGAAUUUUAUUAAAUCAAACAAUUUACUCCACACGAUCUUUUGUAAAUUGGUUGCGAUCUUUACAAAAGUUUAUUACUCUAUUAUACAAAUUUUACCUAUAAAUAACAGGUAGCUCUAGAAUUAGAAAAAAAUAGACAAUAAUUCCACCAUUAGGAUCUUUAUCAUGUCGAAGAUCAAAGUGAUUCAGAUCCGGAGGAUGGUAUCCUUAUAUAAAAAUAAACAAAAUAAAAGAGGAGAUUUGAAAAAAAGGUUUCUAUUAAUAAAGAAAUUAAUUUCAUCAAAAAAUUAUAAUAACCCUAAUUAACAUUAGCCAAUAAUAAUAAUUAUGUUAAUAUUCGUUAUUUUUCAAUCCCCAAAAGUAAAAUUGAAAAAAGAUAAAUGAAGAGUUAAAGUUUUCAUUAAUAGAUGAAUACCACACAAUCUUAACUUAAACACUUGGAUGUUGACAUCACUCCUACAAAUAAAUAUAAAUUGAAAACACAACAAUCCAAUAAUAAUAAUUAAGAAAUGGAAUAGAGCUAAAAUUAAAUUUUGAUAUCUUCACAAAAAAGAUAAAAUUUCUAGUUUUAAAAAACUCAUAUUGUUCCUUCAAUCAAUAAUGGAUUAUCUAUUAAAGUUGUUCAAAACUAAAUUAAGAGUGAAUUACCUCAAUAAUAAUAGCACUUACCUUUUUAAUAAUAAAUAAGACUUAAUUAAUCAUUUUAAAGUACUUAAUACAAUAGUCCAGAAAAUAAGAAUUAAGUUGUGAUGUCAAAAUCUAUAUAGAAAAAAGAUACUUGGGAUCCAAGAUUGAUAUUUGAAUUUACAUAGAAAGUAAAACGAAAAAAUACAUAGAAUAAAUUUAUUUGA